CGGCAUUGAAGUUUUUUCUAUUUACUUAGUUUAUUCAGUAAUUUGAAAUUCAGGUGAAAAUGUCUUCACUAGAUGCAGAUACUGUACUAUACAGUAUAUUGGCAUUAGUCAUUAUUGAAAAUGCUCUGGAAAUCUAUAUAUCACUGCGUCAGGUGAAAGUCUAUCGCAAUGCAUUGAAAGUUCCCGGCGAGCUGACGUCGCAUAUGAGCGAGGAGACGUUCCAUAAGGCGCGUAAAUAUGGACUGGAUCAGGAGAACUUUGGCAUAUUCAAGGCAUUGCUAAUGGAUGUACUGUUGCUGUGCCUCGAACUCUAUCUUGGCUUGAUCGCACUCAUCUGGAAAGCCUCCGUGGACGUGGUCAAUCGGCUGCAGUGGGACGCCAGCAAUGAGAUACUUGUGAGCUGUGUUUUUGUGCUCAUCUCAAAUUUGCUGUCGACCUUCAAGUCGCUGCCCUUUAAGAUAUACAAGAUCUUUGUGUUGGAGGAGUUGCAUGGCUUCAACAAGCAAACAGCUGGCUUCUUUGCCUGGGAUCAAGUGAAGAGCUUUUUGGUUACUCAAGUUGUCAUGCUGCCCAUUACAGCGGCCAUCAUAUUCAUUGUUCAACGUGGCGGCGACAAUUUCUUCAUCUGGUUGUGGGUAUUCACUGGCGUCAUCUCUCUGGUGCUGCUCACAAUUUAUCCGAUCAUCAUUGCGCCGCUGUUCGACAAGUAUACGCCACUGGAGGACGGACCAUUGCGCAAAUCCAUUGAGGAUCUGGCUGCAUCGCUCAAAUUCCCACUGACAAAGCUCUAUGUGGUCGAGGGCUCAAAACGCUCCUCACACAGUAAUGCCUAUUUCUAUGGCCUGUGGAACUCAAAGCGUAUUGUGCUCUUCGAUACUUUGCUGCUGAACAAGGGCAAGCCGGAUGAUUCGGAGCUGACGGACGAUGAGAAAGGCAAGGGAUGCACAAAUGAGGAGGUUCUGGCUGUGCUGGGACAUGAGCUGGGCCACUGGAAGCUGGGACACGUUACCAAAAAUAUUGUUAUUAUGGAGGUGCAUUUACUGUUGAUGUUCCUUGUCUUUGGCUAUCUUUUCAAGUAUGCACCCUUCUAUGAGGCUCUGGGCUUCCAGCCCGGCACACGUCCCAUUCUUGUGGGUCUGUUAAUUGUAUUCACAUAUGUCAUGGCACCCUAUAAUGCUAUAAUUAACUUUGCCAUGACUAUACUGUCACGUCGUUUCGAGUAUCAGGCGGAUGAGUUUGCCCAUUCGCUGGGCUUUGAAGAUCAGCUUGGACGUGCAUUGAUUAAACUGAAUUUGGACAAUUUAGGCUUUCCAGUCUAUGAUUGGUUAUAUUCCACAUGGAAUCACUCGCAUCCCACGCUACUGCAGCGUCUGGCCCGUCUCCGGGAGCUGGGCGAGACCAAGAAGCAGCAGUAGGACGAGUUCGAGACCAAAGCAUUUAAUUUGUAUGUGUCCCCGAUCCCCUCUACGUGUAGUUUAUGUAGAUUUCAAUAAAGCAAGCGAUUUCCAUUUUAAAAAUCUAUUCAAA